CGUCGAAUUCGAUAAAUUCCUGCAGAUCUAAAAAACUGAUUUAUUUCAGGAAGAUUUCCUUGUUAAUUGCUAUGAGUUUUUCUGGACAGAUCCUUGGUUGUAAGGUUUGGCCUGGCUUACUCAAUUUUUUGUCGGUAUAAUUCAAUUGGCUUUCUGAAAUUUUAUUUUGAUCAUCAAUUGUAUUUUUGAAUCGAUCAUCACUUUUUUGUAUCUUGUAUUUCAGGUUUACGGUCGCAGAAGGAUCCAUUAUUAUCAUCGAAUUCAUUGAAUUCCUAUGGAUCUAAAAGCUGGUUUAUUUCAGGGAAGAUUUCCUUGUUACUUGCUAUGAGUUUCUCUGGACAGAUCCUUGGUUGUAAGAUUUGCGGUCGCAGAAGGAUCCAUUAUUAUCUCCUAUAUAUAAUGGAGCGAGCUUGGGAAUUUAAAAAUUCCUUCUUGUUUUUGUGCCUUUCCUCCCCCUUUAGUUCAAGUUUCAUUAUGUUAUAUUUUGUUGUCAAUUAAAAAUUUACAUGAUGAAUUGAAUGGUAUGGGGAAAAUUUUCAAUUUGUAAUUAGAAAAUAUAGGGGGCAAAAACGGUAGACAGAGUAAAAAUAAACCUUAGUGUACUCUCUCUCUGUACUUUUUUUUUUGAUUACCACUUGGAAUCAGUUUUGAGAAUUUCAGUAAUUGAAUCUGAGUUAGUUUUGUUCACGCUUGACCUAAGAAUGUGAACAUUAUCCUUUUUGUUUUUAGUGAUUGAAAAACAAAAAAUUGUAUGUCAUGCUUGCUAGAAAAUAUUUGUCAUGUAAGCAUAAUAUCACUUUGUGGUAUGAUUGACCUCAUUUCAACCAACCAACAAGAGGGAGGUUAAUGUUCGUGAACAAAAUUGCACUCAUUGAAUCAAUAUGACUAGACAUUCAUACACUGCAUACGCACUCAUUUUGGGCCCGUCUUGGUUCCUAAAAUUAAAAAUAUGAGCCACUCAUUUUUUCAAAAUAAUUUGUCUAGGGUACUUGUAGAAAAUCAAAUUAUUGAAAUAUCGUAUAGCCGUUUACGAAAAAUUAACUUUUCUUCAAAAUAGGCCUGGAUUUUGAAGCCAAUUGGAAAAUGCUUAAAUCGAUAUCCGAAAAUGUUUUUUAUUAUUGAAAUUCUAAACAAAAUAUUUUGAAUAACAUGAGAGGCUUGGAUCACAAAAACCCUAUAAAAAACCCUAGGGCCGGCACGAACCAUACUUUCACCGAUAUCUCCCUCCGUCGUAGCUCGAUUGUAGUAUUGCCCGACGGCAAUGAAGAGGAAUAUUGUUGUUUCGUCAUCAUCAUCAUCACGGCGGAAAAGAAGAAGGUCUGAAUCCGGCGACAACAGAGGACCGGGCUACGGCCACAACCCUCCCCCACCCCACUCCACCCCCGAAUACGACAACAGAGGACCUGGCUAUGGCGACUACCCUCCCCCACCCCACUCCACCCCCAAAUACGACCCCGCAUACGCUAACUCCUUACAAACCCCACGGCAACAAACCACCCCGACCCUACGGCCGCAGACCUCCGCCUCCAGGGAGUACCCGCCGCAGGUGGCGCAGACGUAUGCUACGGUGGUCCAUGAACAUGUCGAAUCGGAAGGGCAUCACUCCUAUCGCCCUCAUCUCCUAUCGUCCCAACAGGGCUCUGCGGCUGGUACUAUCCGUGACGGAAAGGAUUUUUCUGUAAUGAAACCAGUAGUGAUCAGCAGCUCAAAGAUGUUUGAUGGGUACAACAUGAGAUACAAGCAUUACAGCCCAACCCUUGGCUGCUCCAAGACAUUCCACAUUUACUUCCCUCCUCUUACUUCCUCUUCUCACAAAUUCGCUGUACUCUAUUGGCUCUCUGGCCUUACUUGCACAGAUGAGGAUUUCAUAGCUAAAUCUGGUGCCCAGCGUGUUGCUUUGAGUAACGGUAUCGCUCUGAUUGCACCAGAUUCAUCUCCAAGAGGUCUGAAUGUGGAAGGUGCGGCUGCCAUCUUCGAUUUUGGUCAAGGUGCUGGGUUUUAUCUCAAUGCCACUCAAGACAAUUGGAAGAACUGGCAGAUGUAUGACUAUGUUGUCGAGGAAUUGCCAAAACUGCUGAGUGAAUACUUUCCACAGCUUGAUACAGCACGAGCAUCUAUAUUUGGUCAUUCUAUUGGUGGACAUGGUGCUCUAACAAUCUAUUUGAAAAAUCUGGACAAGUAUAAGUCAGUGUCGGCCUUUUCACCGUUUGUGAAUCCUCUUGACUGCCCUUGGGGUCAGAUGGCUUUCACAAACUAUUUGGGUGCAAAUAGUGCUGAUUGGGAGGGUUAUGAUCCCACUUGGCUGAUGGACCAGAUGCCAAUAGUUAAUGAUGUUCGUGCUACCAUUCUAAUCGAUCAAGGAGAGGAGGAUGAAUUCCCCCACAAGUUUGUGGAUGCAUGCAGAAAGGCUCAGUUUCCACUUCUGUUACGGUUUCAGCUUAAUUAUGGUUCCUCUUAUUCUUUCAUUGCCACCUUCAUCGAGGACCAUAUCAUUCACCAUGCUCGAGUCCUUAAUCUGAGAGAAGACCCAUCUGUCACCUUUUCUCAUGGGAAGAAAGUCGACACUGACUACUCUGUAACUGGCAUACCAGGGGACAGAAGAUGUUUGUUUCGCUCUGUUGCUCGUGGCGCCCGUCUACGAUCAGGGAAACCUGCUCCAAAUGAGAGCCUUCAGAGGGAAUUAGCAGAUGAUUUACGGGCUAGAGUGCGUUCACAUGCCUUCAGAUCAUAAUGAUGUGUUGAAGAUUGUUUGUUCCUUUCACUUAAAUUUCUAGUAAAUCACUCUGCGAUUUUUAGACAAGUCCUACAUGCUUGUACUUUUGAGUUGUGACCACACAUCAGAACUUCAUUCUAGUGGUAAACUAAUACCCGUUGUGCUGGUUCAUAUACUGGGACUCUCACCAUGGGAAAUCUUUCCACUUUCUUCACAACUGGGAUGCAGUCCGUAGCGGUGGGAGGAUUACAAAAUCGUUGCUCUAACAGAAGAGAAGAUCCAUCUUUCACCUUUUCUCAUGGGAAGAAAGUCUA